CGUCGCUUCACGGGGCAGCAGCUCGCAGGAUGUGAUCAUGCGUAGAGCAGAGGAAAAGCCGCCUGCCUGGUAGGAGGGAGGUCGGAAGAGGCCAGCGAGGCGGUAGAAUAGGGGGCGAGAAACGGGCGAGGCGUAGAGUUAGAGAGUUGGGAUGGUCGUCCAUGGGGAAGGAAGGAAAGUAUAGAAGCGCGAUGUGGGCAGCAGCGGGCCAGGCCAACUAGAAAACCACAGCCUUCAUAACCCCCGCGGCCUCGGCCACUCCACCAAAAUCUUGCGGUUCAAACUGUUUGUGUUUUGUUUUGUUUUUUUUGUUUCUCACUGUCUGGGUUCCGACCCCUCUUCUUCACCACGCCGUGCCAAUUGUCCCUCUUCCAGCUCCACUCCCCUCUUGUCUCCUUGCUGCUCUUCUGCUCCUUCGCCUUCCACGCCCACUGCUGUGCUCUCUCUCUGCUUCAAGCUCAUCCAUAUCACCGCUCCCUGACUUGCGGACGUAACCUCAGAACUUCAGGACUUGCCGAUCUGCUCGUCUGCACCCGACGCGCUCCCCCAGCUGGCUAGUCGUUUGAUUCUGGCGUGCAGCAGGUUGAUGACUCCGCGCUCCGCACGAGCUGCAAUUAUUCCGUAAUCUGCGGACCCCUUCAGGAAACCGGAAAGUUUCAGAGUAAGUGAGAAGACGGACAUGCGAGUUGCAGCAGCACAGGAUCUUUGGUAUUCUAUGCGAAAGUCCCACAAAUUCAAAGGUCUGAAGCUCAAGGAUUUGUGCGUCCUGUCCUCUCUUCCUCGUCGUCGGAAAAUCUUACAUCUUGCAAUUAGACUUUCCUGUACCUAUUCUUCCAUGUGGGACAUGAUCUGAUUGCAAACUCCUCGCUGUGCUCACCUUCUCUCUUCAGACCUUGGCUAGCCACGGUUGCUGGUUUCUAGUUCGCUCGUGACGCUUAGAUUCGAAACUUCUAUAAUCCAUCCGGGUUGCAAUUAAUAGUUCUUUUUUCUUUUCUAUUGUUCCUUUUUGGUGACAUAGGCACCCGCCUGUAACCUUUGGAUCUAGUGGAAUGAAACACAAUUUGCACCAGGUUGCUUAUAUCCUCUCUUUCUCUCUCUCUCUCCCUCUCCCAACCUGGACUUGACGUGACUUCCGUGACGACUCCUUAGUGCUCAAGGUUAGAGCUCCGCUUACGACCGAGCCUAGAAAUUCCUGUCUGAGCUGAUCCCGUGUUUCUUGCUGAUUAAGAAUCAUUCCGCCUUUUCCGUGGGUCAUGCACUUGAAGUCCUUCUCUUUUGAAGGUCCCGCCAGUUCGUCAGUCUCUCAUCCCCCGAAGACUCCUUAUUUCAUGUGAGUUGGGACUCUCACUUGUAGCGAUCCAUUCUUUUGGCUCUGAAGACAGGCUAUGAUCCUCAAACACUUUCCUUACUGGCCUUCCUCCCUGCAAUUUUCCACCGGUGUCGUUAGCAGAAAAAUCGAGGUCGCUCUUGAAAUUACGCUCGUGAUCGCUGGUAUUCAUUCUUUGCAUGGCAAGCAUGUGCAACGUUUCCAAAAUUGUAGGCAUUCGACAGGAUUGCAAUAUGGAGCUCCCACCCGGUUUCCGUUUCCACCCCACGGACGAAGAGCUCGUGACCUUCUACCUAGCUAAUAAGGUCAGGGACCCUCGUUUCGAAGUGAGGACUAUCUGCGUGGUGGACUUCAACGAAUGUGAGCCGUGGGACCUUCCAGGGAAAGCGAAGGUAGGGGAGAAGGAAUGGUAUUUUUACAGUCUUCGGGACCGGAAGUAUCCAACUGGAACGCGAACCAACCGAGCCACGAAGACAGGCUACUGGAAGGCCACUGGCAAAGACAGGGAUGUCAUGAACUCCGGCACUCAUUCGCUGGUGGGCAUGAAGAAGACGCUAGUUUUUUACAUGGGACGCGCUCCUCGCGGCGUGAAGACCAACUGGAUCAUGCAUGAAUAUCGGCUGGAGCGCGACUCCACAAGUCGCUUCCACGGCCAGCAAUCCCUUGGACCCAAGCAAGACGAAUGGGUGAUAUGCCGCGUCUUUCAGAAGUUUAUCGGCAAUAAGAAGUCCGGCGUCACGCAUGGUGACUCGCCCUACCAGCUCAUCGACUCGCAUUCGGCGCUGCAACGUGACAGUUCCCCGAACCCCGCUGUGACGGACUCAGGGGAGUGCGAUGCAUGCACGGGAACCGAUUCAUGCUACAAUUGCCAAGAUAGUUACCCACAGGAUGUCUCUUUAGCCCUAGGCGAUGUUGCCACUGCGCUCCCUGUCCAGUGGGUGCACACUAUGCCCAACUCCAAGGUCCCUGGCUCGAUUUCUAUGGUCCCCUCAGCUAUGGACACCGACAACUUGAUGAAGGAGACAUACUACAACCAGAACGCGAUUAACUCAGGCAUGCUGAACCACGCCAGCAUCCCGCAGAGCAUUUUCGCACAUCCGUCGACACCCAUGAGGUGCUUCGACAACCUCCUUGGGAACAACCGCAUUCGAGCGAAGCAGGAGGCAUCCUACACAUCAAACGAGGGCGAGGACGAGGCACAAAGCAGUGGGAAGUUGAAUCUGGAUUGCAUUGCUUGGCCCAGCGACAAUGUGCUCUACGAUCAGGAGAUUCCCUGUGAUUCUCCUCUGUCGCCAUUGCAAACCGUGACCGAGGAGAGUGGCCAACUAUCUUGCCUCACAGAUGGUACGUUCGGUGAUGAUCACCAGUCAAGAAUGCUCCGCUACCGAUGGUAUUCUAGCCUUCCAGAGGUGGCCGGAUGCAUCGAUGGGCUUCAACCUGAGUGGGCUUACUGAGGCCAAGAUUGCAGCGGUGGCUUAGGUCUGCAAACCCCAACUUGGAGACGGGGUUUAACAACAAAAUGUACAAAUGAUUUUACACAGGUUUAUGUAGUGAAGGAUUUGAUUACGGAAGGAGUCCCUAUGGACGGGCCAUAAUCUAUGUGGGCGCGGGACGUGUACAUAACGGGAUUGGGCAGUAGCUGUAGUGUAAAAAUUUAACCACCACGACAGGGGUAUGGGUACAUUGGCAACAAAUUUUGGGUUGAAUGAGCGACGAUGGGAACGAUGAGCGUGAUGGAGAUCAACCGCGAAGAUCGAGUGUCUCCGAAGAGACCAGAACUACCUCGAGAAUUUUUUCCCAAUCGGACACGAAUCGCAUGUCAAGGAAAUUCGGAGUUGAUUCUGAGAGCCUGCUUGCAGUCUUGUGGCAAUCUCAUCUGUCGAGCCUCUUGCUGGGUUCCUCACUUUUUAGUUUCCAAACAUUCACAUGUAAUAUUUGAGGUUAUCCUAGCUUGCUGCGAUCGAUCGAUCGUUGACUUGCUGGCCGAAUAGUUGGCCGAACUUAGGGCUAAGAUGCGGACACGUCCACUUAUUAGGGUUGUGAACAACUAUUUUAAAUGUGCUCCUGUAAAGCUAUUGAUUGCUGGAACCAUUAGUCUGUACUAUUUUCAGCCAAGGCACAUCUGUAAGGAGUGAUUAGACCACUUGUGGUGAAGUAAAACUAUAUGAUUCGGUUUCUA